CAAUGAUCCUCACGGCAGUGUAUGAAGCCGUGUGUGGUGCUUCCGGGCCUUCAAGGUUUGCUGGUGCAGCUUUUGCUGUUUGGCUGCUGUGUGGGCACAUUGGUUGCGAAGAAGGUCUGUGAGGGGGAAAGAACUUGGUUCCAGUUUGGCUUGGAUUCCUCCAAGCAAUUCAUCGGAGCAGGAUGGGUUCACGUGCUAAAUCUCCUGUGUGCGGAAAUACUCGGGAGCCAGAUGGGUGACGGUGAUGAGUGUGAAUGGUACUGGCUGAACAUAAUGCUUGACACGACGCUCGGGGUUUUGGUCGAGUACUUAUUGCUACGAGUUGUCGCAGAUGCCCUUAACAAUCUUCUGGAAAGUGCCGAGGACUUUCGAACAGGUAGCUACUGGCGUGGCAGGGAGUUCCAGGCGAUAAUGUACGCCAAACAACUUGGCAUGUGGCUCACGAUUGUGACUUUCAUGAAGCUUUUCAUGGUAGUUCUCAUGGUUUUGCUGGCAAAGCCUUUGACCCUCGCAGCGCGAGAGUGCCUCAAACCUUUCAUGAACCCCUUGCUGAAACUGCUAGUCGUGAUGAUUGUCACGCCUGUGGCCUCCUUGGCUUGCCUGGGUGGCAGCGCACAGAUGCUUUGCAAACUUGCGGUUCUUUUCUAUAGAAGUGCCGCCGGAAGGCCGUGAUGAACGCUUUCCAGCUUUGGGUGACGGACAAUUUUCUGAAACUUGGGCGUGAAGACGAAGUCUUUGCACGAGGCCAGGUCAACGAUAAGCAAGCAUCAAGCGAUGUGACACGUGCAGCGCUUGCUGCAAGACCAUCACGUUCAGCAAGAGGCACUGCGUCGCUACUUGUGGGGGCUGAAGGCGUUCCGUAACUUGAGUGGCAAGAUGUGCUGCGCGCGGAAGAGUUUUUGCAGCGUGAGGUGCCAGUGGUAGUCAAACGCAAGCUAGCGAGCUCGAACGCCUUUUGGUGCCAGAUGGUUCUCAAAUCUCAAUGGGAGAUCCUCUUUCUGAAUCUGGAAUAUUGGAUUUGAGUCGGUCGAAAA